AUGGGGACUGAGGAGAGAGCAGUGCAGGUGGUCAAUAUGGGGUUGGCAGCCAAAGUAGGUGAUUCUGAGUCUCAUCCCUGGCCUCAUGCCAACGUUGUGUUGAGUUGUGCCGAGUUCCUCCAGGAACACAACAGAAGACAUCCCGAGUUCCAUAAAGACACAUCAACAACGCAGACUGCUUGUAGCGCAAAUGAUGCUUUGCAGCAGAGAGAGUGUCAGGAAUCUAUCGUAUUUCAUGUUGAAGAAAACCGAGUCUCGCAAACAGGAUCUCUACAGGGUCACAAGCAAUCGAUCUCAGGAGAUAGACUGUAUAAAUGUUCCCGAUGUGGUGAGAAUUUCAUACAUUCAGGGCACCUCAAGAUACACCAGCAAUCACUCCGAGAAAAGCGUCCGUAUAAAUGUGUGGAAUGUGGGAAGAGCUUCACAGGAUCGGGCAGUCUGCAGAUACACCAUCGAUCUCACACAGGAGAGAGGCCAUAUAAAUGUGCAGAAUGUGGAAAGAGUUUUGCAACGUUAGCUUAUCUCCAGAUACACUAUCGGUAUCACACAGGAGAGAGGCCAUAUGAAUGUGUUCAGUGUGGAAAGAGUUUUACAACAUCGGGAGAACUCCAGAGACACCAGCAAUCACACACAGGAGAGAAACCGUAUAAAUGUGCUGAAUGUGGAAAGCGUUUCACAACGACGUUUUAUCUCCAGGUUCACCAUCGAUCACACACAGGAGAGAAACCAUAUAAAUGUGCUGAAUGUGGAAAGAGUUUCACAACGUCGUGUUAUCUCCAGGUUCACCAUCGAUCACACACUGGAGAGAGACCAUAUAAAUGUGCUGAGUGUGGAAAGAGUUUUUUAACCUCGAGUAAUCUCCAGGUUCACCAUCGAUCACACACAGGAGAGAAACCAUAUAAAUGUGCAGAAUGUGGAAAGAGUUUCAGAGCAUCAGGAUCGCUCAAAAUACACCAUCGAUCACACACUGGAGAGAGACCGUAUAAAUGUGCUGAGUGUGGAAAGAGUUUCAUUGCUUCCGGAUCUCUCAAAAUACACCAUCGAUCACACACUGGAGAGAGACCAUAUAAAUGUGCUGAGUGUGGAAAGAGUUUUUUAUCCUCGAGUAAACUCCAGGGACAUCAUCGAUCACACACAGGAGAGAAACCAUAUAAAUGUGCAGAAUGUGGAAAGAGUUUCAGAGCUUCAGGAUCGCUCAAAAUACACCAUCGAUCACACACUGGAGAGAGACCGUAUAAAUGUGCUGAGUGUGGAAAGAGUUUCACUGCUUCCGGAUCUCUCAAAAUACACCAUCGAUCACACACUGGAGAGAGACCAUAUAAAUGUGCUGAGUGUGGAAAGAGUUUUUUAACCUCGAGUAAUCUGCAGGGACAUCAUCGAUCACACACAGCGGAGAGGCCACACAAAUGUGUUCAAUGUGGAAAGCGUUUCACAACGUUGCCUUAUCUCCAGAUACACCGACAGUCACACACAGGAGAGAAACCGUAUAAAUGUGCAGAAUGUGGAAAGCAUUUCACAACGUCAGGUUAUCUACAGAGACACCGACAAUCACACACAGGAGAGAAACCUUAUAAAUGUGUUCAAUGUGGAAAGCGUUUCACAACGUCAGGGAAUCUCCAGACACACCAGCGAUCACACACAGGAGAGAAAGCUUAUAAAUGUGUUCAAUGUGGAAAGCGUUUCACAACGUCAGGGAAUCUCCAGACACACCAGCGAUCACACACAGGAGAGAAACCUUAUAAAUGUGUUCAAUGUGGAAAGUGUUUCACAACGUCAGGGAAACUCCAGACACACCAGCGAUCACACACAGGAGAGAAACCGUAUAAAUGUGCAGGAUGUGGAAAGCGUUUCACAAGGGCAGACAGUCUCCAGAGACACCAGCGAUCACACACCGGGGAGAGGCUACACAAAUAUGUUGAAUGUGGAAAGAGUUUCACAAAGUCAGGAGACCUCCAGGGACACCGACAAUCACACACGGGAGAGAAACCGUAAAGAUGUGUUGAAUGUGGAGAGUUUUAAAAGGCCAAGUUAUCUCCAGAGACACCAGCGAUCAUACAGCGGAAACAGACCAUAUAACUCUACUGAAUGUGAAAAUAAAUUUUCAAGGAAAUAGCACCUCCAAACUCACCAGCAGAUAUACACAGGAGAGACUGUAUAAUUAUGCCGAAUGUGGGAAUAAUU